AUGAGUGUCUAUUCCGUGUACAUUAUUAGCGAGUCCGGUUCCCUCCAAAUGUAUUACGACCGAAGCACUCCCACAACAAGAGUGGAAAAAACGCUAUCAUUUCCUCUCUCACUGGUAUUCAAGAACGUCGACGGAAAAUUGGUUGUUGACUUCGGUGCAACCGAUGAUAUUAAAGUGGGCUAUUGUGUCCUCGGCGUGAAUGGUGUACCUGCGAAAGGUGCCUACCUGGAUGAUGGACGUGACAUACUCGAAGUAAGUGUUGGAACCUAUUAACUCUCCGAAAUUAACAGUGUUUCCGGACGUUUUUUAGACAUAAACCCGUUUAAUUGUCCCAAGAAAGGUUUACUUCCACCGUAUGCUCAUCGAUUUUUGAGGCUUGUAUUAAAUCAAUUGUUAGUUCCACGCAUCUCUGUUUGUAUUUUGUCCUUCUAUGAACCCUAACUACAGACUAGUAAGAUGUAGCUGCAGUUACCGGAGAUAAACUUCCAAUCUGCCCUAUUUUUUAAAACUCGUAAUGUACGAAGUUCGAUGUAUUAUUUUACUUACUUAAUUUCACUCAGUACGGCACUGGUCAUGUUCAACCUUGCCGGCAUCCAUGGUGCGUGGAUUAUACGGCUCCCUUUGGGAUUAUGUUUGACAGCGAAUCUGAAGGUCUACUGUCAUAUAUAGUAGCGGAUACCAAAUAUUGAAUUGUCUGCUUUAGCACCUCAAUCUGGGCCGCAGUAUCGGAUCGACAGCGGCACUGAUCUCAUGCGACAGGAGCAUAAAUAACCCCAGUCGUCCUUUUUUAUGAGAGCCAAAUGUCCCGCUGUAGAUGUUGAUAUGCUUCGCUUCAGGGGCUUGCGUAAACAUCGAGCCGGUCGACGAUGUUGUCCUUCGUCUAUUUAGCAGCAACAUUGCCCCUAGACAUUUGAAUCUGUUCACUUCUUCAAGCAGAUGAUCACCGAUUUUCGUUAAUGGCAUUCUACUCGCUCAGGGCUAACCAGGUCACCCCGUCGCGGGCGAGUGUUGCGACUGACUGGACUUUUUCAGCAAUCCUAGCGGACACCGUCCACACGGGAACAGUAGGUCGACGCGCCUUCCCGCGCGAGUUGAGGGCGUCGUAGCCCGAGGCGACUUAAGUCGCCGGACAGGGACCAGAAUUCCGGCCAAAGUGCGUCCGUGCACCCUGCAUGCGUGCGUACGCGCAAAGGGACCCCCCAGACUUGACGGGCAAAAUUCACUCGGGCGAGCAUCAAGGAGGGGGUGUAGCAGAAAAGCUCCUUUCCUCGUACAGAUCGAGCAUUGUUAGCCAGUCAGGCUACUAGCCCUGCACUAGUCCGCAAGUCAAACGGGCUUGCAAAUGUCUGGCUCUGGGCGACUAAAUGCUAUAAGGGUUGUAGAGUGCCUUCAUGUGUUCAAAAAACAUUUUAACCUUCCCAGUGUUCAUGCCGAAACCGAUUGAUCUAGUGACCUCAUUAAUAAUACACUAUUUUCCACAUUAUCAUUUGACGCUAGCAGAAGGACAUCAGCUCAAUCAGGGUCAACUGACUGGCAUCCGGGCACAAAUUCGACCACAGCGAGACCAUGAAGCACCGUCUUUGAAAACUAGUCGAUAACAUAGUUCAUUUGGAUGGGCCACAGAAUGCGUCCUUGUCGAAUGCCAGGGCAAAAUUUGAAAGAUUGGGUGAGAUUGUUACUAAAUCGAACUCGAUUUGUGAUAGAGUAAUAGUGGUCCCUGACACAUGGACGAUGUGUUCGCAUACCUUCGAGUCUCAUCAUUUGCUGUAGGGAUCUUGCGACAGACGGACCCGAACGCUGUAGUGAAGUCCGUUGCUCGUCCUCAUGACUGACUUCAACAAUACACCACAGUGCAGGCCCUUUGGCUCAGAGCCUGUUUUAGUUGCGUUUCGUCAGGCCAUGCAUACUGUAAAAUCGUUUGCAAUUAAAACUGACAAAAGCCAUUACAAAGAUGUCCAUAUAUGCCUCGGUAGUUCUCGCGCUUUAUCUUUUCUCCCGUACGGAAGUUGUGCACAAAGAUAACCGCGCCCCGGUCAUUAUAGACGGUCUACUCUCAUGCCUGUUUAGUUGCCUCCUGAAGCCAGGCACCCAAGUUUGAGCAUAAUGCUCCUAGACAUGAGCGAGGAUGUCUUCUCCGGUCGGACUUCUGUUGCACGGCCUCAAGGUUGUGACUACGAUUUCUUCAUGAGGGGGGGGGGAGGGGUCUCACGACGCCACAGAUACUGGAGUUAAGUAAAAAAAAUCUAUUGCGUAGCGGAGGGGGAUUAUGGCUUAUUCAGCAAAGUUAAGAGAGCGCUCGGUCCUUUUGAGUUGUUAGAUAUGAAGCUCCAAUUAACGUCCUCAGGUUCAGCAAGUUUACCGCUUGCUUGGUUGGUAACUUGGUGGUACUUUACUACUGUCGGCAUUUGAGAUCGGACCCACGGAGGUCGCUUUAACAACCCUGGCGUUUUUGUGGCACUCACUAGCCCACUUUGCCACCACUUUAUUCAGUUCACUCAAAUAAUAGUCUCUGCGGACUCUGGGCCGAACUGUCUGGGUGAAAGACUGUAGGUCCUCUAGGGUGACUCAGUUCUAGUGGGCCUGCGACGUGAGUUCGAGAAUUCUCUUAACUGCCUGUGAUUGAAAACUUUACUAUUGACCAGGCGCUGCUGCUUUCGUUUUCAAUUCGGUCAGCAGAUUAGAACUAGAUGUCUGUCCUGACUUUUCUGGUUGUUAUUAAUUUGGAAUAUCAAGGCAUAUUGCAUGAGUCAUUUAGGGAAUGGAUAGGAGACAAACUUUCGAACACAUACGAACGACUACAUGAUCGAACCCAUAUCCAUUGUCACUUUCGGCACCUCGUCAAUCUGUCAUCAUUAAUGCAGCUGCCAUAUCCUAAACUGACAAGGAUUUGGUGAAUCUGAGUGGCAUUACGAACAUCGUUUGUAUACCAGGUUUGCACUUGAUUACGACGAUACCGAAAGCACAAGUUGGUGGCAAGCGACAGGUUCCAUCCAGUGAAACUCGACACCCCUUCACCAUUUUCUGAAACUAAGCCUAAAGAUGCCAGUAGUUAAAUUGGCAUCUUUAGUGACCUUUCAAACCCAACCAAAAAACGGUUAGAUAUAUCUAUCAGUUUUAACAUUCCCCUAACAGCAACCAAUAAUGGGAGUUUUGGAAAACGGGCGCCUCUUAAACCAUUCCAGCUCCCAACAUCAGUCAGCACGGUAAGGGAGAUCCUUGGCAGAUUCAUAUAGUGUUGAGUAUGUUGUUUCACGAAAGAAGCGAAUAUGCGAGUUCCAGGUUCUUGUCCCAAAGAAGAUGAACGCUCGAUCACUGGGACAGUACAUGCAUCAGCCCGAGCUUUCGGUCUCGUACAAGGGGCCAGCAUGAGAGACUGACAAUACAACGAGGCUGAAAGCUCAGUCUAAUGGACGUACUGUCUCAAUGAUCGUGCUGUCAUUUUCGUUGCAGUGUGUUGCUUAUGUAUGAAUAGAAACGACAGGUAUACUAGCUAGAUGUCUCUUCAGUUUUGGACAAGUUAGCCGGUCACUGACUAGUUCCUGUGCGAACAGUGCGUGACCUACCUGCUGCGAGGGAACAAUUUCAUCACCAUGUCUGGUCGAAGAGUCGCGUGGGCCACCGUGACCGAAGUCGAAGCAACUUUGGACCUCCGAGUCAUGGUUUCUCAAGAUUCUUAGUUGGAGAUCAAAGCUCCAGACAGACAACGACAGAAAUCCACGUAAAACGAUGGUCGCGCGUCGUCAGCCUUUUAUACCGAAGAAUGCUCGCACACCCUAGUAUUGAAUAUCAGAUUGAGUAAUUCAAAUAGUACACUGUUUGCCUAGUAUCAAUGGGCCAAGCUUACAGAACGCGCCGGAUCUCGUGGACGUUGUUGCAUGGAUCGUCACGCUUGUACCAGUCAUUUCCUGGUGCUUCUUGGAGAUUUCGAGGUCAAAUUGAUCCCCAACAGCCACCCAGUGUGCCUGUUCGGGGUUGUUUCUAACGUUUUAGUUCAAGGACCUGGCCGCGAUACGGCUAGGACAAGCAGACUUGAUGAAUAGUUGUCAUAACGUGAUGCCGUAAUCGAGCUUUGCUACCAUUUGUUGGGUACUUUUUGUGCCAGACCUCAGUCUCCAGUCCUCCCCUAUAUCUUGUGCUGUACAAAUUACCAGCUCAGUGGUCCUUUUUCUGGAGAAUUUGCGCAUUCAAAGACUCGGUAGAUUUUUUGGAUUUGUUUACUUCUUAUAAAUUUUACAAGACUAAGAGGGCGGGACAUACAGACUUUAACGACGUCCUAAAAUUUCAUGACCUCUUAUUGAACUGUGUGCAGUCAUUCAUCUACGUCGCCCUCUUAUUGAACAGUUUAUCUCAUUGAUAUGCAAUGACCGUACGCAGUUGAGUAGGAGGUCACGAAGCUUGAUGAUCUCAUUAAGUUCUGCAUGUUUCAUCGUCUUUGCCUCGUUUAAGCACUUUGUCGUAAUCAAAAUGUCGGCAUACAUGGCCGCCCGCUCGCCCAUCCUCCCCCGUCCUGUUUUUAGCAAAAAAGUGAAAACGAGGUCUCUCGGUCCUAGAGUUUACGGUUAGAUACCUAAUGUCGACCUGGUCCACUCAAUAAAUCAGGAUGUUUGAUGAGCACCUUGGGCCAAACAUUAAGCAAACUGCUCUCGAGGGAAAUGACGAGCCGUGCAUUCUCGCACCGGGAGGACCCAGUAGACUUUUCUCGUGUCUUUUUCUGAACAGUAAAUAAGGGGGAGGGGCCGUUGGUCCACACCAGUUUUCACCCUCUUUCCCGGGUGACCGUAAAGUCAUCUGCCACUGUAAAUGCCUGAAUUGCAUUUUUCAAAGUUUUCACGCCGCUUUAUCCCGUUUUUUAGCUUUUCUCGAACCCGUCAAAUUUUCCAAUCACAAUUAAUUUCGGUCUCCCGCCACUCAGCCCCAACGAUCGCAUCACCUUGGCUAGCAUGUUCCAGGCCAUUCACCACAUGUCACGAAUCCUGACGCCUGUUACUGCGCUGCCGAAGAGCGAUGAAAAAACCAGGCAAUACUCACAUGGCUCUGGAAUUCAGACCCUGGAGACCUCAGAGUGCCGUCUGCAUUGUUACGAAUCCAUAACCGGGGCCAAAUUCCUUCUUGUCACCGAUCAUCGGAUACCUGCCGCCGCACGAGACGCCCUGAAAUUAGUAUAUUCAGCCUACACUGACUAUGUGUUGAAAAACCCUUUCUAUUCUCAGAACCAACCCUUUAACUUUGAGUUUUUUAACGAAAAAGUCAAACGAAUAUGUGAACAGGUAGAACGUGGCAUUUAUACUUAAGACUUGCUAUCUUUCCCUCCUUACUUUCUUUUCAUUUUUUAUUCAAGAUAAUUUCUUUCUCCCAAGCUGUCCUUGUGUGCAACAAUCCUUCAAAGUACGAGGGUUCUGCUGAAGAGCAUGGUGCCUGUGCGCCCGAAAGCUGUGGCGCUAGCUUGCAUGGUCAGCGCAUCUUUCUUAACACGUUUCACACCCGUGUUGAUGUGCUACUAUGA